AUUCCACAUGCAGUGGAUUCACUGUACACAAAUCAUUUUGCAAACGUUUGAAGGUGGAAUAAUCGAGAAUAAUUCCUUAAAAAAAUUCAAAUAAUAAAUCGUUGGUACCUCAUGUUUAUACAUAAGUGCAUGAAAGAGACUAUCGAACCUCAUCCUUUAAAAAUUUGCUACAAUUUCAAUGACGUCAUUGGGGAAUACCAACAUGGCGGACACAUUGAUUUCAACUUUUUAUUCAAAUAUCGCUGAUUAUUCAGCUUUUUACUCCAUCCUGUCUGUGCUGUUAUGUUUCAUCAUGAUGCUCAUAUUUAUAAUGAGAGUGAAUGGAGAAAAUGGAAACAGGCAUGGCAAUGGUGGUCUACAAUUUAUUCCUCAGAGAGUGAUGCAGGGAGUGAACAAUCCUUUUAUUAUGUCUUUAGCCAAUGAGACUUCAAAUAUUAAUGAUAUGCUCGAAUUUUCUGUUAGCUGUCAGACACCUGCUACCUGCCAUCUCUUGUGGGGGGCCAAAAUAAAAGACAUUCACUACAAGAUUUACCAGGACACACCCACAUUCCAAGAUCAGUUAGAAGCUGGGCUACUAGAUAAAGACCAAUGUACUGAGAUUUCUGAAAAACUAAAAUUCUCUGUGUGUAAAAAUCACAUCGUAAAAAUAAAGCCUCCAUUAAGUAUCCAAGAUCCAGAGGCGCUGGGGAACCCUCCCAGGUCCAGAUAUCCUCUAGUGGCGAUAAUGUUCCCGCAGGAGGAGUGUGACAGUGAUUAUGCACAACAUAUUGUUGCCAUGGUGACAGUAAUACACAUUCGAGAUGGUGUCUGUUGCACAAACAGCCAUAUUAUUGCCCAGUAUGUGAAGUUGAAUACAGGACAUAUUUACAACUUGAAGCAACUCUUUGUGGCUACAGAUUCCCAAGAUACCAGUUCAUCUACUAGCACAAGGAAUCAACAGUCACCUAGCAACCAACAACAAUCACCUAGCAACCAGCAUUCACCUAACAACCAACAAUUCCGAGAAAACCAGUCAAUGUCAAAUGAUGAAAAUUCCACACCUAAAAAUGAUGAAAAUAUAAAGAAAACCAUAGGUGACAAAAUACAUAACACUGACAAUGUCAAUUCAAUUCCAUCAACAUCGAAUGACUCAGAAAUUCCUGAAUUUCUUAGAGAUGAUCUCCAAGAAGAUACUGAAUAUUCUGAUGAUAUGACAUUACAUGAUUGUGUUGUUUGUCAGAACGCAGGAAUCAAUAAGGUGAUUUUACCCUGCAGACACGCAUGUGUAUGUGACACAUGUUUUUCUCGAAUAGAUAGAUGUCCAAUGUGUAGGAAUUAUAUAGAGUCAUUUUUUACAAUGGAAAAAGAAAAUGUGGAAACAGAAAAUGCUGAUUCUGAAAAUUUGACAGUAGGUGAACGACUUAUUCAAUGGAAUCAUAGACUGAAUGAAAGACUGGGAUUUGACUAA